AUGGGGACGCGACCGAAAUUGAUGUUCGAGACACAAGAUGCAGUAGACGAGAAGGUUCGGUCUACCGUUCAGACCGUCGAGAUGGAAGAAGCACGCGGUCGCGUUCGAGUUCCGCGCUUAGAAGAGGACCGUCCAGUUAACCGGGAGCCCCAGGCAGACCACCCAAGGAACUUCAAGUUCUUUAGAAUGUUAAGCCAACAACAGCGACCGCUCGUCGGAAAUAUGGAGAGUCAAGGAGUAGAAAAGGAAGACAGAUUAGGCCUAGUGGAAGGAGGGGGCGACUGGCCAAUUGUCCAACAGGGCCUCCUGAUUGGUGCCAGCACCCAAUUCCCCCGGUGGGUGCCUGAGGUGCCACGGCCGCACUGA